GAUUACAGUUUUAUCAUAUUUGGGGGCGAAUUUGCGAUAAAGGCCAAUUAAUUCGAUUAGUUUAGAUCUGAACCGUAAUUUAAUUCAAUUAAACCAAAUGAACCGGGCUUGCAGGCCUACGGUUUAAACUGGUUCUAUAUGAGGUCGAUCACUGUUGUUGGCCUUUGUCUCCAAGGAAAUAAAAAACUUUAUAAGCGGCGAGGAACAACCGCAAAAUUAUUUUCCUACAGAAACACACAGCAAAGAAGUUGUCUGAAAAAUUCUCAAAAACAAAAAAAAAAAACUGUUGAAAGAUGGCGAGAGAAAAUAGUUGUUUGAGUAGAAUCGCUGCCGUGGGCGGCGCACUUGGCGGCGUUGUAGGUGAUGUUUUUGGAACUUACGAGGCGACUAUAUUCAAGGUCCCUGGGGGCUGGGCUUAUGAAUCUAAGGUACUUAGGCCAACCAACUAUGUGCAGCUCGGCGGAGGUAUUCGGUCUAUUCGUAUUCCUAGUUGCUGGCCGUUAUAUACACUGCGGACAAUAAGCGUCAAGUUUGUGCCUUGCAAAGUCUCAUGGUGAAAGAUUUCUGAAAAACAUUUAGCUUUUUAUUUAAUUAGUAUUUUGGAUGAAUUGUCUCAUGUGUUUCUGCCGCUAUAUGAACUUAUCAUCUCUUGGAUUUUGAUGCUUGUUAUUCAUUUUGCCUACUAUACUCUUGUUAAUGGAAAGAUCAUGUUACAAA